UAAAAAAGAGCCGGUGGCCCUUACACUACUAACUUAACCAGUUGAUCUUACAUUUCCACUGCUCAGAGUACAUCAGGCAACUGACGCUAUGGAAAAUGUGGUGUUAUGCUGUACCCUGUUGGUGGAUGCUAAGCAUCCUUCAUUGUAAGAAUAUCCUGAUAUGAAGAAUGCAGUAGCGCAAGCCAAACUGCCUGAGGUAAAUUACCUGCAGUGCCUUCUGGAGGACUUCAGCACAGGUCCACAAUGAAGCUGACCAUUCAGUGCAAAUUCCUUUUUGUGGUAGGCUGGGCGGCGCGGCCGGCAGCCGGCGCCGUGGCCGAGGGCGUGCUCUGCGCCUACCACGCCCAGUCGGCCGGCCCCACCUACUACGACCAGUACGAGCAGGACGGCGCGCCGCUCGGCAAGAUCGUCGACGACGGCGCGCACAUGCGCUGCUUCUCGGACGCCAGCUACUGCUUCUCGUUGUGGCACGACGUGGCGGGCGGCGACAACACGAGCCAGCGUGCCUUCAUCGUGCAGGGCUGCAUAAACAUCGCGCAGCCGCAGGCGCAGUGCGACCAGCCCAGCUGCACGGCGCACGGCGAGAGCUCACGCGGCAACAACACCCAUUUCUGCUGCUGCCACGGCAACCUGUGCAACGUCCAGGUCACCUACGUGCCGCUGCCGGCGGUGGCGGCUACGCCCGACACGAGCGCCGCGCCACAGCUGGACACGCCCAGCACAGUGGCGGUGGUGUGCGGCUCCCUGGUGUGCGUGCUGCUGGUGCUGGGCCGCGGUCGCUACGGCUCCGUACGCGAAGGCCUGCUGUACGGCGAGGACGUGGCCGUCAAGAUCUUCCCGGCCUGGUACCGGCACUACUUCAUGUCGGAGCGCGACAUCUACUCGCUGCCCUGGAUGGACCACCCGAGCCUGGCGCACCUGUACGGCGCCGACGAGCGCGUGACCGAGGCGGGCACCGAGUACCUGCUGGUGCUGUCGCACGUGCCGCAGGGCACCGUGCACGACUUUCUCUGCCAGAACACGCUGCAGUUCCAGCAGAUGUGCCGCAUGGCCAUGACGGCCAGGUGA